AUGUCUAUUUCAGAAACAUACCUACUUGCAGGUAAAGCAAGAUCUAAGUUGAAUAAAGAAGCCGCCAAAGCUGAUCCAAGUAUAAGAGUCUUAGUAUCUCAUGCAAAUAUGUUAGAUAACUUAAUGGAAGACAUUGAAACUUAUAAAGAAGAACAAAGAACAUCAAAGAUUCAACAAAGAAAUUCAUCUAUUUUAACAAAUUUCAAACCAACAAGAUCAUCAAAUUUACAACACACUACAACUGUUACAUUUGUUGAUGAUGAUGAUCUUAGUGAUGAUGAUUUAUCAGAUGAUGAUAUUGUGGAAGAAGAUAAUCAAGUUUCUGGUAUUAGUUAUUCAAGUAUUGAUUAUGAUUCAGACUCAGAUUCAGAUUCAGAUGAAGAAGAUGAUUACGAAGAUGAAUUACAAGAUGAUGAAGUUCCAUUACCAACACAAUCAUAUCUAUAUGGAUCUCAUAACAUGAAUAAAAAUUAUAGAAGCUUACCAACUAUUGAUGAAUUAAGUGAAGAAGAAUUACAAAAUUUAGAAGAUGAUUUAACAGAAAGUGAAAGUGAUCAAAGUGAAGAUGAAGAAGAACAUGAAGUUGAUAUAGUUGAUAUUCAACGUAUAACAUCACCACCACAAUUGUCUUAUUCUUCAACAGAUGAUUCAGAAAGUGAAAGUGAAGAAGAUGAUUAUGAACAUGAUUCUCAACACAGCGCUAAAGAUCAAAUUAAAGAAGAUAAUUCAAUGUUUUACAAUAAAGGUUUGAAUGAAUCUUUAGUAAAUGUUCCUCAAAUGGUUCAAGCAUAA